CCUACAGCUGCUUCUGGACCAAGUACAUGAACCACCUUACCGUCCACAACAAGGAGGUGCUGUAUGAGCUCAUCGAGAAUCGAGGCCCAGCCACUCCCCUCAUCACCGUCUCCAAUCACCAGUCCUGCAUGGAUGACCCUCAUCUCUGGGGUACCCAGACCAGUAUUCUGGGCACAAGGAGGCGGGGAGAGAAGGGGCCAGACAGAAGCCGAACAAACCCACUUCUCAGUGGGUUCUUCACAUAGCUCUGGCACGACUGUUUCUGGGGCGUCCCGCCUCGGGGGUGACAGUUUGAUUUGUAGUCCCUUCAGCAUCCUCUCAGGCAAGGCGAUUUGGAGAGGGCGUCAGAAAUUUCGAGGAAGUGAGGAAUGGCUGCGGGGCAAGGUCUUGACAGCUUAUUUACUGUGAUUCAGCAGGCUUGUGUAAGCCAUGGAAGGUCCCACAGAGUCUGGGGAGCAAAUCUGAGGACCUGUCAGGGAAACUCUGGAUUAGGGGCUGGAAGACCUGUAUCCUGGUUCCAGGUUUGCCCCAGGCUGGGUUUGUACCCUUCAUCCAGCCUCACCUGGGAGCCCACCUGGUUCCCCACCUAGAAGUUCCUGCUCUACUCACUUCACAAGGAGCUGCUUGGCUCUGGCAACCUGGAUGUCUGGAUAGAGGGGUGCCCAGAGCUUUCCCCUCCGAAUGCAGGGAUCCUGAAACUGCGCCACAUCUGGAACCUGAACUUGAUGCGUUGGACUCCUGCAGCCGCAGACAUCUGCUUCACCAAGGAGCUACACUCCCAUUUUUUCAGCUUGGGCAAGUGCGUGCCCGUAUGCCGAGGAGAUGGCGUCUACCAGAAGGGAAUGGAUUUCAUUUUGGAGAAGCUCAACCACGGGGACUGGGUGCACAUCUUCCCCGAAGGGAAAGUGAACAUGAGCUCUGAGUUCCUGCGCUUCAAGUGGGGAAUCGGGCGCCUGAUUGCCGAGUGUCACCUCAACCCCAUCAUCCUGCCGCUGUGGCAUGUCGGCAUGAACGACGUCCUUCCUAACAGCCGGCCCUACUUCCCGCGCUUUGGACAGAAGAUCACUGUGCUGAUCGGGAAGCCCUUCAGUGCCCUGCCUGUGCUUGAGCGGCUCCGGGCAGAGAAUAAGUCGGCUGUGAGUUGCCCCGGGCUGCCUUUGGCCUGGGUGGGGUUCCCUGGGCAAAGGCCCUUGAGGACUGCAGGCCAGCCCCAGUCCUUCCCCUCAGGUGGAGAUGCGCAAAGCCCUGACCGACUUCAUUCAGGAGGAAUUCCAGCGCCUGAAGACCCAGGCGGAGCAGCUCCACCACCACCUGCAGCCUGGGAGAUAGGCGGGUCCCACCCAGCCCCUGCCCAGGUGCCUCCUGAGGCCUGGGGAAGAGGCAGCUCUGGGACCCAAGCCCUAGCCGCCAGGCUCCCAGCGCUGCCUUUGGGAUCUCGCCCCGCACACAGUUGGGGCUGGGGGAAUGGACUGAUGCUUUGAGCUCAGAUACGGUUUUUUAGGCAGAUUUGUUCAUAACCCUUAAAGGGUGACCUCCCCUAGUUGGUGAGCAUUCCAGCUCCUUGGCUGCUCUUCCCGCUCGACCACUCUGGGAGGAGGAGAUUUAGGCCAGGGCCUCUGCCCUUCUUGCCUUCAAGUGUCCUUUCCCAGGGCCUACGUCCUGACGGAGGGCAGUUGGGGGGUAGGUGGCUAGGCCUGAGCUUCAGGGAGGGGCCCACAGGCCCUUGGCCUGGCCCCGGCAGUGGGGGGGCUGGUCCCCACCUCAUCACGGAUUCCCUUCUGCCGGAGGUUCCCACAGGGCUGGGAACCACGGGCAGGAGCCAGCCCCAGGCUGCAGGCAGAAUAGCAGCCCUUUGCUACAAGUGGAGCCCAAUGGGACGGAGCCUGCAGCAAGGGCCUGAGACCUGGCCGUUGGCCCCAUGCUGGGGCCCACCAACUUCUCCGUCCUUUCUGUGUCCCUGGCAUCACUCCAGUCCCCUGAGGCCGAGUCGCCAUAUUUUUUAAACAAUAAAACCUCUGCAUCCUGCUGUUUUAA